UUCAGCCUCAUGGACGUCCUGCUGCCUGCCAACGACAUGGAAGACCUGGGACCGAUGCGUGCCCCUAGGCAGGCAUCUUUCCAGCGUGUUUGCCAGGCCUUCCACUUUGCCGGGCUGCCGACGCCAAGGGGUCCCGGUCAUCGGCGUUGGACUCAGCCAGUCUCUGACUCUCAUCGCAACCGAACAAAGAAAGCCGAUUGGCUCUUGUGCUGCGACACGCUCGAGGCAACACAGCAGCAACAUGCAAAUCGGUAUUCACUGCCACUGAUUCGGUCAUUGGCCAAUUCCUCAUUUUGCAAUUGUUUUGCCCACCAAAACCCAUAAAAACCAGCUUCGAUUGGAAUAUGCGCUGUGUCGCCAAGCGCUGGGCGAUUUUCAAAGCCGCCUCUUCUCCGGAUUGCGGCCCUCACUGGUCCCGGCUCUAUGGGUCAUCCUCGGUCUUUUCUCCGGGCAAACGCGUCGAGGGAUGAACUUGUUUGCUUGAUGAGUUGGCUGCCUCUUUACGUCUUGAGCAGAUAGCGGCUGUGCCUUUAUAAACGCUAUCUUGUAUCAGACAAAGCAUCACAUCAUGUUUGUUGGUCUGAGCUGCAUCUGAUCAUAUGGACAAUAAGGUGGUGAUUCAUACAGCAGGACCAACGAACCUUGCGUCAGCGGUUGAAGGAACAGCAGAGCAACUUCCUUAUAUUUCGGUGCAUGCACUUGUGGACUGGCAUCUUCUGCCUUGAAACAACAUCUGCAACGGCAACACCAUCACAUCGUCACAUUUAUCUCGAGGGUAGAAACCAUAGCUGUCCAGUCACAUCGGCGCUCUGCCGUCAGCUCGGCCCCCAACGACCUGCAGCCUUUCGGAUAUCUUCCGAAACACCUUGUCGCCUAUCAAACUUCUCAAACAAACCUAACCCAUCCAAUCCAUCCAACAUGACCGCCCCGAUCACCAUCCCCAUAGUAUCCGCACCAUCACCCUCACACUCAACCUCGCCAAGCUCCAGCUCAGAAAUUCGACCCGUCGCCCCUAAGCUUGAAAUUCACCCCCUCCCUUCUCACACUUCCGGCCUCCUCCUCCGCGUGAUUCCCCCUCGGUCUCCCCCUAAUCUUCCAGACCCAAACUUCCACCAUGUCCCCUGCGACAUCGUCCUCGCCAUCGAUGUCUCAGGCAGCAUGUCUGCCGACGCCCCGGUGCCCACCACCGCUUCUGCCGACUACACAAACGAACAGCCCGAGCACAACGGCCUCUCAGUCCUAGACCUAGUCAAGCACGCAGCCCGCACUAUCGUUUCCACGCUCAACUCCUCGGACCGUCUAGGCAUCGUCACUUUUUCCACCGAAGCCAAAGUCCUGCAACCCUUGAUGCCCAUGACAGCGCUCAACAAGAAGAAAACAGAAAGAAAUCUGGGCGGGAUGCAACCAUUUAGCGCGACGAAUCUGUGGGGAGGGAUAGUGGAGGGUUUGAAGCUUUUUGACGGACAAAGUGGCAGGAUGCCGGCCCUGAUGGUCCUGACGGAUGGCAUGCCAAAUCACAUGUGUCCGGCGCAGGGGUACGUGGCGAAGCUGAGGGCGAUGGAAACGUUGCCGGCGGCGAUUCACACGUUUGGAUUUGGGUAUAGUCUGAGAAGUGGGUUGUUGAAGAGCGUGGCGGAGAUUGGAGGAGGUGGUUAUUCGUUCAUUCCGGAUGCGGGGAUGAUUGGAACCGUGUUUGUUCACUCGGUUGCGAACCUCCAGUCAACGUUCGCGAAUAAUGUGGUUUUACGCCUUACCUAUCCCAAGUAUCUGGGUCUUGAGGAGACAACGGGAGAAUCGGUGGACAAAGUAGAGUCUGUCCAGCUCGAGAAGGGGGAUGUUGACCCCGACUCAUCGAUGCAACUCACCCUCAACCUCAGCACCCUUCAAUACGGCCAAUCCCGCGACAUCUUCCUCCGUUACGACAGCAAGGCCCAGGAAGCCAUUGCCGACGGUUUUGACUUUGAGUCCCCUCCCUCCGUGCUCGCCACGCUCGACUACCAACACUUCACCAACAUCACCAACACCGUUGUUUCAGAGUGUAAUGACAUUUUCCGACCAAAUCCCCAAGUCAAGCAGCUGACCCCCGCGCAAACCGCCUACCACAUCUCCCGCUCCGCCCUCAUCUCCUUCCUCUUCUCCCUUUACACCCUUCGCCCCGAUCGCGAACACCAACCGCGCUUCUUCAAGGACAGCUUUGCCACCUCCCUGCAAACCUUCCUUUCCACCCUAACCGCCGCCCAACCCGCCUUCGCCUCCGAUCCACACUGCCGCUCGCUAGUCCAAGACCUUAUCGGUAGCACGUCCGCCAUCAACGACGCCAACCAAGACGGCCAAGUCGCCCUGGCCCUGACCAGCGAGGACUUUUACAACCGCUGGGGCAUCCACUACCUACUUUCUCUUGCGGACGCGCACGCCAGGCAGGUGUGCAACAGCUUCAAGGACCCUGGCCCGCUGAUGUACGGCGCGGAGAGCCCGCUGUUCGUUAGAUGUCGAGAUCGGCUGGAUGCGGCGUUUGAUUCGCUGCCGGCGCCGAAGCCGAGUAGGACCACGGGGUUCCAGGGCGAAAUUAGUAUGCGGGCGUAUAAUAACAGUGGAAAUCCUUGCUUUGCUGGGGAGACGAAUGUGAGGGUUGGUGUUGCUGUUGCUGAAGAUGUGGCUGCGGAUAGCGAUCAGUUGGUGACAAAGGAGAUCGAGAUCAGUAAGCUGCGGAGGGGAAUGAUGGUGCAGACGCCAAAGGGAUUCAGGAAGGUAAGAGCUGUUCUGAAGACGCCUGUUUGCGAGGAGAGAAUGUGCUUGGUUAUGGCUAGGGAUGACGAGGCAAGACAACUGCUGGUUACGCCGUGGCAUCCUGUUUCGCUUGAUGGGAAGGACUGGGCAUUCCCGACGGAUGUUGCGCUGGGCGACUACGUCAGUUAUACCGGGGAUAUUUACUCGGUCCUGCUGUCAGCUGAUUCGGAUGUGGACGCCCAUGCCAUCAUGGUCGAGGGCGUGUGGGCAGUCACGUUAGGCCAUGGGCUGACGGGAACGGGAGAAGGUGUUGUGACAGCUGCAGAAGAUUUGAGGACGCAUCGCUUCUUUGGUGACUACAAGCUUGUCCUUAGGAGCCUGGAGCGGUUGCAGAGCAGCCCUGAUGGGUUGAUUUUGGGUGAAGGUGUGGAUAGAGAUUUACAAACUGGUCUGGUAAAAGGGUUUAGGGGCAAGACAUCGGUACAUGUCGACCACCAUGAUGAUUGAUGAGAUGUCAGAUAGAGAUCAUGGUGGAUCAGAGCUGAACAGCGAUGAUGGGCUGUUGGCAUCGACCGAUGGAAGCUGAUGGGUCCGUAACUGGAGUAAAGAAAGGGAAUGGGAAAGUCAAAUUAUAACAUAAAUAGCUAGAUUAUAGAGGGAUGAUAAACAAAAGAG